AAGGGGCGUGUGACGCAGUCGCCGUCACCUAGAGCUGCAUUCUGAUUCAGAUCUUACUCCCCGGCGCGCUGAGCCGGCCUGGCCUCAGUUUCCCCACUUCUAAAGAGAAGGGGCCAUGCUGCCCUGUUUCUUGUUCCUCUCCAAGCACAUCAGCACUUCGUUGGUGUCCCUGCGCAGGGCGCGCCACGGCUUCGCGCUCCCGCCGCGCUGGGUCCCCAGGCGGCCCUGGGGCUCCCCGCCUGCCGCCCCCGGCCGCCUGCUGGCCACAGCCGCGUCCUCGCGGGGACCAGCAGGACCAGCCGGCGCCUCCUCCAGCGUGCGCCAGAACUUCCACCCGGACUGCGAGGCCGCCAUCAACCGCCAGAUCAACCUGGAGCUCUGUGCGUCCUACGUGUACUUGUCUAUGGCCUAUUACUUCUCCCGAGAUGACGUGGCCUUGCACAACUUCGCCAGAUAUUUCCUUCGACUGUCCCGGGAGGAGACCGAGCACGCGGAGAAGCUGAUGAGGCUGCAGAACCAGCGGGGAGGACAGAUCUGCCUACAGGACAUCAAGAAACCGGACCAGGACGACUGGAAAAGCGGGCUGAAUGCCAUGGAGUGCGCUCUGCUCUUGGAAAAGAAUGUGAACCAGUCGUUGCUGGAAUUGCACACUCUGGCCUCAGACAAAGGUGACCCCCAUUUGUGCGAUUUCCUGGAAACCCACUAUCUGAAUGAGCAGGUGAAGUCUAUCAAACAACUAGGUGACCACGUGCACAACUUGGUUAAGAUGGGAGCCCCGGAUUCUGGCCUGGCAGAGUUCCUUUUUGACAGACAUACCCUUGGAAAUGAAAACAAUCAGAACUAACCCAUAGGCUGCCUUCUCCACCGCCCAGGGUGUGCCAGGACCCAGAGGCAGCUGCUUCCUCGGCUUAUUUUACGGACAGUGUACAGAGAUCUGUGGUUCAAACCAUAGUUUUAUACCAAUUGUUCCUCCUUUCCUUUUAUAUUCUUCUGGUACAAUGUCCCAAUAAAGUGAUUUGUAGAGAAUAUGUAUGUAGCCCCAUGUUAACAAUGGCUUUUUGCCCAGCCAUCAAAAUAAUUUUCCCAGCCCAGGAUGAGAUGGUAUAAAAAAGACUGCAAAAAAAAGCUACUGAAAUAGAUGCAAACUAAAUUUCUCUGGUUACCAAACAUCAUUCCAGACCAUGACCCUUCACUAAAAUUCCAUGAUAUUUAAAUCAACAAAUGCCUGUUAUUUUCAAGACCUUAUGUUAAAGGCUAGAGUGGGAAAAUGUGUAAGAUAAAUAUGCAAAGAACUAUAACAAGAUGAAGAAUAUAUAAUACUUAAAAAUCAUACAUACAAAAUUCUAUAACAAAUUUGUGAUCUGUUUUUGAAGGAUUAUCUUACUACAGACUCUUGAAAAUGUGCCCAAUAUACUGGCAACUAUUUCCAGUCCCAGAUUUCUCAAAUCUGUAAUCUGUUUUUGAAGGAUUUUGUGAUCAAAUAAAUUCAAGAGA